AAUGUAAAUGUGAUUUGUGAUGUGUCACAGCUGGUAUAAUGGUAUAUAGUAAUAUACUAUAUGUAUAAGAUAUGCCGGCGUGCCCAGGUUUGAAAUAUUUCCAACAUUGAGUGAUAUAUAAUAAUCGUAUAUGUCUAAAAAUGUUAACAAGGGACUACUGUUAACAUUUGCACCAUGAAACAAACUGUGCAAUAUUGACUGACUCGAUCAAUAUGGAAUUUAUUACUAGUGGCUUAAAUUGAGAUUUUAGAUGCCCUUUGCACCACAUUAAAAUUCUUGCAUGGUUUUAUUUCUUAUGCACAAGACAUUUUCAUACCCUACAGACAUAUUUCUGAGUUGUUCGUGACAACUCUUUGUUUUUUUUUUUUUGGCACAGACUGUUCUUGACAAAUGACACUGUAACACUCUUUCACUCGCACUGAAAACACAGGAAAAGACAAAGCGAGAAGGAAGUACCAACGUUCUCUGUACGAACCAAACAGCAGAAGAACAAUAAAAACCAGCUACGUUAUCCAGCAGAGAAUCUCCAUUUAUUGGGUUUUGUAAAGAGAGUCAUAUAUUGCUGUACACUAUGGAUUCCCAUCAUGGCACCACAGGAACCAAGUCCUAUUUCCCUGCCCGUUCCGUGCUGUUUCGGAGGGAAGUGAGUGGAGUGACGUAUCGCAUACCAGCUCUGAUCUUCUUGCAGCGCUCCUCCUGCUUCCUGGCCUUCUGUGAGGAGAGACUCAGUCCUGCUGAUUCCCAUGCUCACCUGCUCGUCAUGCGCAAGGGUGCCUUCUACAGGAACUAUGUAGAGUGGGACGACAUGCGAGUCCUGAGCACCGCCUGUCUUAAAGGCCACCGCUCAAUGAACCCGUGUCCCGUGUACGACACCUUCACCGGGACGCUCUUCCUCUUCUUCAUCGCAGUGCUCGGUCACACCACGGAGUCGUAUCAGUUGGUGACAGGCAACAAUGUCACUAGGCUCUGCUACGUGUACAGUGAGGACUAUGGGAAGACCUGGAGUCCUGCCACUGACCUCACUAAGAAGGUCAUAGGUGACACGAUUAAAGCGUGGGCUACCUUUGCUCUCGGGCCAGGCCAUGGGAUCCAGUUAAAAUCUGGCCGUCUGCUGAUCCCAGCCUACACCUACCACAUUGACUGCAGGCAGUGCUUCGGAAAGAUCUGUAAAACCACUCCCCACUCCUUCUGCUUCUACAGCGAUACACAUGGCAGGACGUGGCAUUUCGGCGAAACAGUGCCAGAGCCUGCAUGCGUGGAGUGUCAGCUUGUCUCACUGGACGAAGAGGAUGGGACCAACGUGCUCUACUGUAAUGCCCGCAGUACCCUCGGCUCCCGCGUUCAGGCCCUCAGUUUUGAUGAUGGUGACGUUUUCCAAAGAGGACAACUGGUGCACAAGCUUGUGGAGCCUAGAAAUGGCUGUCAUGGAAGUGUGAUUGGAUUUCCAGCACCUUUCAACCUCCAGAACCUCCAGAAGUCCAACUUGGGUGACGUCCAGUGGAUGGAGUCCACUAAUCGCUCACCUUCCACUACAGCAAGCAUGUUCCAGAAUUUUUUAACACCAACAUGGGUAGUGUAUGGACACCCAACCUGGCCCAACGCUCGGCAGGAUCUUGGCUUGUACCUCAACGUGCGGCCCCGUGACCCGGAUAGCUGGACAGGGCCGUGGGUCAUCUACGAGGGUCCGAGCGCAUACUCAGACCUGGCCUAUGUGGAGCUGGCAUCUACAGGGGAACCACCAGUUCAAAUUUUUGCCUGUUUAUUUGAAAAUGGCACGAGGACAGAAUAUGAUGAGAUUUCAUUUAGCAUAUUUACAUUGUUUGAGCUGAUUAACAACCUCCCCCAGGUCCCACCGAAUCUGAGUAGUGCAAAAUCAGCAGAAAAAAAGAGGAAGAAGAGAAUGUGUCAGUUUUGUAGAGUGUGUUAGCCGCAGAAUAUAUGUCAUCUGGUCAGAUAUACCAUUGGUACCCUAGUACACAAUAAAUCUGAUCAUUUAGAUAUGUUAGAGUUUAGUCCGAGACAAUAUUAUUCAGAGCUUGAGAAAGUUGUAUCAAAAAAAAAAAGUGUUUUUUCGUGACUAUUUUUUACUUCUAUAUAUUUUAAAGCACGCCUGUCAAACUCAGGGCCUGAGAGCCAAACAGCUCUCGCUGCCUUUUUUUGAUUCAGCAUGCACAAACAUGCUUAAAAACCAAUGCGACAUAUCGAAGUUGCUCAACAUUUUCACACAAUCUAGAAUUCACUGCAGAAUUCACUUGUUACAACAGGUACGAGCUCACAUCUCACAGUGUUGAAACACCAGAUAACACCAACUCCUACGUAUCUCCUACAUAGGAUGCCUAUCAGACCCAGAAGAUUCGGAAAUAUGUCAGGAGUUUCCUUUGGCGAGAUCCGUUGACCGAAUCGAAAUCAAAAAUGUAUCUCCAGUGUAGAAACCUACACACAUUCUAUGUUGAAAAAAAGUCGAUUGAACGUGAAGACUAGAGAGAUGGGGAAUGUUCUUAGCAGAGAUAAUCUGGUGAAGGUUCUUCUGAAAUGACUUUAUUAACAUUUGUAUUUUUGAUAUUUGGAGCCAAACAUUUACAGUAAACAUCAGUUAAACAGAAGAAAACAAACAAACAUUUAAUGAGUUAUCUCCUAGGCCGAGUACACGUGAAUGUGAUCUCUUAUCCCUUCUUUUUCCUAGUAACAUUAUUAGUGAUUGAUAGAAUAGAUAUGUGUAAAACAAUGAAUAGUUUUACAUUAUGGCCCUUCAAACAAAAUGCUGGUACAGGCAGAAAUUGAGUUUGGAAUCCCUGUUUCAAAGGAAUACACCAGCAUUUUUCAGCAUAACCUUUGUCCUUGUAUCUGUACUAUAUGAGUGAUUAGCACAAACUAGUUUCUUGUACUAAGAAAAGAACCGAAAACCUACUGAACCUAUAAGUGUAAAAUAAAUCCGGUUAUUUCUGAAAGCUUUUCUGACACAGCUAUGUUGGUAACACACAACCACAAAUUCUUCUUUCUGAAAAUCUUUCAAAAGUGUGAAUUACAUACAUUAGCGCUGUAUUUACAAAUACUUUGCCUGACAAACCCAUAAAUAUGCGUUUAUUAAAUGGAAUUGAACAACUGGCCUUAGAUUUCCAAAUGAGUUUCAAUGAGCAUGUAUUGUCGUUACAGGGAAAUUACACCGUUUUCCGUGGUAUAUGAAUAUACCCUUGAUGCACUGAAAAAUGCAGGAAUAUUCCUUUAAUGUAAAGUUGACUUACAUCUUGACAGCUGCUCAAAAUAUGGCUCACGUUGUCUAGUUAUUCAUUCAUGUAAAUCAGUUCUGUAAUAAAUGCCCAGUACGUAAUUGUUACUAUGGUGAAUAUUUUAUGCCUUUACCACUAGUGUCCAAGAUUUUCGAUAGAUCAAGAAUGACUAGUCAUAAGAAUGUCUGCAGGAUUCAUAUUGAAUUAGUAUUGUAAGCAGCAGAUGAACUGAGAUUUUGGAACUGGUGGUCUACAUCUAUGGACUAGAUACACUGAGAUUUUUUUUUCUUCAAGAGCUUUCUUCCUGUUUGUCCUACAGGGAUGCUACUUACACAUUCCCAUUCAGAAACUCAAGGCCCUGGCUAUCUAAGAUUUUUUUUUGCCGUCCAUCCUUCCAUCUGUUUGUCUGUUCAUCUCUCUGUUUGUCUUUCAGUUGUCUAUUUGCCUCAUUAACACAAUAUCUCAUAAACCUGUGGUUGAUUGUUUACAUGGAACAUUUACAUUGGAAUUGAUCCAAAUAAAAAAUCAAGUUCACAGCAAGGUCAACUGUCUAAAAUAGUUGUUCUUUUAUAGCUUCCUUACUGUUUUGAAGUAUAUUUUAAGGGUAUUUGAAGCAUACCAAUUAGUAACAAGAAGGACUAGACUUGUUGGUAAUAGAGGCAUCCCCACUGUUCUACUUUUAAGGUCUUAAAAGUGACUUUUAUUUAGCGUAUAUGGAAUGAGUCUCCAGUGUUAGGUCGUUGUAAGUACGUUUUCUGUUACGGGAAAGUCUUCAGGAUUCAUGAUAAUGGGAACGAACGUUUUCGAAGAUAGAUGUAACUAGAGAUGAAUAAAAAGUAGAACAUUGCGGUUCUAUAAUUAUUAAAAAAUUAAUUGAUGGCAAAUUUUUGUGUGAUAAGACAAAUUAAAUUGCUUUUUAAUGGAACAUAAUCAACUUCAGGGUGGUCUUUUUCUAUAACAGCACACCCUGUAGUGUUUUAUUCCUUACACAGGAUGUACAUCAUCACACUGUAACCAAUGUUAAAAGUAGUUUUAAUCAAAGGGGAUUCAUUAUAGUCAUUCCACAUGAUUUCACAACAGUCGUAUAUCCUUAAAUAGUGCUCAUUAUUAUCCAUUUUUCAUCCUUCAAUUUCAUAUAAAAAGAGAUGAGCUUUAUGUACCCGAAUAUAGAUUAUUCAGUUUUAUAUUAUCAACUGCAACAAACAGUGGUUAGAUACUUUAAGUUAUUUUUAACUUAAAAAAAUAUAUAAUAUAAACAGGAAUAAGCCAAUAAUCAAACAGUACAUAUACAUUUCUGAUAAUAAAAAUAACAUAUAUACAGGUGUAUAUAUACAGUUUACAGUAUGUACACUUACUGUCCACAUCAGUAGGAACAUCUGUAUACUAUUCACAGAAUUAGCUAAUCAGCCAAUCAAGUGGCAGCAGCGUAAGGCAGUAAAUCAUAUAGAUACACCUUUAACGUAGUAUUUAAAAGCGGUUGAUCUCCUGGGAUUUUCACACAUAACAGUCUCUAGAGUUUACACAGUAUGGAACAAACAUUAAGCACCUCUGUGGGUGAAAAUUGCUUGUUGAUGAGAGAGGUCAGACGAAAAGGUCCAGACCAGUUUGAGCUGGAAGGAAGGCUACAGGACGCCAAAUUACCACGCUUUACAACCACGUUGAGCAGAAAAGCAUCUCAGAAUGUACAUGUUGAAAUUCAACAGCAGAAGACCACAUCGUGUUCCACUCCUGUUAACCAAGAACAGGAAUCUGAGGCUACAAGCUCAACGAACGUGGACAAGUGAAGACUGGAAAACCACUGGCUGGUCUUUUUCUUUCUUUUCCUUUCUAUUUUUCUUUGUCUUCAACUGUCCGGUUUUGAUAACCUUAAAAUAGCUGGUAAGUGUGUAUACAGUGCACUCCACUAAUUUUGGCACCCUUGGUAAAUAUGAGCAAAGGAAGGUUGUGAAAAAUUAUCUUUAUUGUUUAAUCUUCUGAUCUUUUUUUUUUUUUUUCUCUUUUCAUUUUCUCUGCUCUCAUCAUAUCAAGCAAUUGUAAACCAAACACAGGUUUACAAAAAAAAUCUCUUUGUUAAAUAUAGGUGUGCAACAAUUACUGACACCCUUUUAGUCAAUACUUUGUGCUACCUCCCUUUGCCAAGAUAACAGCUCUGAGUCUUCUCCUAUAACACCUGAUGAGGGUGGAGAAUACAUGGCAAGAAAUCUGAGACCAUUCCUCCAUACAGAAUCUCUCCAGAUCCUUCAAAUUUCGAGGUCCACGCUGGUGGACUCUCCUCUUCAGUUCACCCCACAGGUUUUCUAUGGGGUUCGAGUCAGGGGACUGGGAUGGCCAUGGCAGGACCUUGAUUUUGUGGUCAGUAAACCAUUUUUGUGUUGAUUUGUGAUGUAUGUUUUGGAUCAUUGCCCUGCUGGAAGAUCCAACCACGGCCCAUUUGAAGCUUUCUGGCAGAGGCAGUCAGGUUUUCAUUUAAUAUCUGUUGAUAUUUGAUAGAAUCCAUGAUGUCAUGUAUGCUAACAAAAUGUCCAGGUCCUCUGGCAGAAAAACAGCCACAAAAACUCAAAACGCCACCACCAUAUUUAACCGUGGGCAUGAGGUACUUUUCGAUAUGGCUACCUCUCUUUGUGUUCUAAAACCACCUCUGGUGUUUAUUACCAAAAAACUCUAUUUUGGUUUCAUCUGACCAUAGAACCCGAUCCCAUUUGAAGAUCCAGUAGUGUCUGACAAACUGAAGAUGCUUGAGUUUGUUUUUGGAUGAGAGUAGAGGCUUUUUUCUUGAAACCCUUCCAAACAACUUGUGGUGAUUUAGGUGACUUCAGAUUGUAGUUUUGGAGACUUUCUGACCCCAAGACAUGACUAACUAUUGCAAU